AUGCUUACAUCUAAUAUGAGCGAUUCUGACCCAUUGCUAGAUAUCCUAUCCAAAAGCAUUCAAGGGAGUGAUGACAUACUCUCUCGACAAGACCUCCAUGACUACAUCAAGCAUAUUCGGGGUCUUAAUCAGACCUCUAUAGGAGCCGAGCGGGAACACCUGGUCAUCUCGUCAGAGUCGAUAAAAACAACUUUAAUUUCCCUUACGAAAACAUCUCAAUCUCAAUUUAUCUCGGGAUCUAGAGCAGUACGAGAUUUGACUCUUGCAUUUGAUGAGUUUCAAGAAAAGCUUGAGCAGGCGGAGGAAAAACUGCCAGUUCAACAUGACCUCUCACAUCUAGUUGGGGGAGGUGACGACACUUCAUCCAAUACGAAUAUCAAUUCACCUGGUAAUUCCAAUUCAUCUGUAGGUGCCAAUUCUUCGGAUGAUGUACUGCUUUUAAGGAAUUUGGAAAAAAUCCAGGAUAUUCUCGAGUUACCUUCGCUCACUCUCACAUGCGUGCGAAAUGGGUUCUAUUCCGAGGCUCUAGAUCUUGCCAGUCAUGCUCGAAGAUUGGGUAUCAGAUUCAACAACAUAAAAAUCAUUCAAAAAGUACAGGAAGAAACAGAACAGAUUAUGAAAGUCAUGCUCUUGCAACUUCUUAAACUGUUACGAGAGACAGCGAAAUUGCCGACUCUUGUCAAAAUCAUAUCGUAUUUACGACGAAUGCAGCCAAUACAGUCUUUACCGACCGCAGAGGCUAACAGACAAUUGCAUCAUUUAUAUAUUUCAUCGCGACUUCACUUUAUUAGAAACCAGUGGGAAACUCUGUCACCUCUAAAGCAGUCUCCAGACAAGUACCUGAAACGGUAUAUUGAGGUGUACCGAGAGCAUGUAUUUGCGACAGUAGGGGGAUUUCGAACCAUUUUCCCUCAAAACGACCUUUCACAAUCUGGAGAUUCUACUUCGCACCAGUCGACUGUGACUGGUGGUCCAGCCAGUUCCAGCAUCGCAUCAAAAUCAACAUCUACAACCUCGCGACUUUUAGGAGAAUUCCUUCGCACUACAGUAGCAGAACUUGAGGCUGCUAUUAAAAGCGUUGGACCAUUAGUUACCGAUAAAGCUACUCGUGCUAGUCUUUGGCUGCAACUGGCAUAUUGUUCUCAGUCACUUGGACGUGUAGGUGGUGAAUUCUGGCCACUUGUGCAAGGGAAACCAAAUCCACCAAUACCCAAUGUCGAAUGGAUCGAAGCUAUUAAGAAACAACGGUCCAUUUCUCGAGAUAUUGCUUCUCGCAUCGGUCGUGUUGCUUAG